AAAACAUCGAUAGAUAUCGGCCAUUACUAUUUUUUAAAUAGAUUUGAAGAUAUUACUUAGAGCUUAUUCAAUGUGGGCAAAUCUUAGAAAGCAAUUAUGGUGUCCAAGGCAGUUUACUGCUGUUGGGAUGAAAUACUUUGCUCCACAGAAAAAAAGCGAUUAUGUGGAAAAGGUGGAGCGGCCAAAACUAAAAGUAAUGGAGAGGGUGCCUCAGUAUCCCCCUAAUCUCCGACCACCUAAAAUGCAGAAGAAAUUGAAGUUUAUGAGAGGACCUGAAGUUGUUCAUAAUAAUUUUAUUCAUAAGCAAUAUGGAAUUGUUGCGGAAAGUGGUGGUCGUUUGCGAUGGGGCCAUUUUGAAAUGCUAAGGCUUACAAUUGGUCGCAAGAUGGACGUUAACAGAAUGUUCGCCAUAUGGAGAGUGCCACCACCUUGGCAACCUGUAACAAAAAAAGGACAAGGCCAACGUAUGGGAGGUGGAAAGGGCGCUAUAGACUAUUACGUUACUCCAAUAAAAAAGGGUCGUGUAAUUUUGGAAGUCGCUGGUAACUGCGAAUUUUCUGAAGUUAAAUCCUUUUUGGAUAUAGUAGCGCAGCAAUUACCUUUCAAAGCUCGUGUUAUAUCACACGACCUGUUAACUGAUUUGGAGCAUUCAACAAUUGAAGAUCCGUCACAUAGUUAUAUAAAGUAUAUAAUACAAAAUAAUUUGAGCGGUUGUCACAAGUGGUUAUCUCCUGUAGAUCACAAAUGGUUUGGGAAGUAUAAUUAGUUACAAUAAAUGAUAUAUUUGAUUCUGUAUUAAAAUGUUUAUUAAUCGA